UAGGAUUCUAUUCUGAGGAACUCUUGCAGAAUUUUCCUGGAGCUGAAAUGUCUGAUGUCAACAACCAGAACCAUCUUCCUUUGUGCCAGUGCACCCAGACUCUGGACAAGCCUCCAAAAUGUUUUGUAGUUUUGGAUGAUAUAUCCUUGACUGUUAAGCUCCCAGAGUGCUGCUAUUUUGUAGGCCCCUUUCCUGGCCUUCAUGGCUUCCUGCUGGGAGCAAGGGAUUGACGUAUUUAUUCCAGAUCUCUUUCAACCCCAUCUACUCCAAACUCAUUUAUUAAAAUCACUUAGACUCAGCGAACUGUCAGGUGCCUCGAAAAAGCUGUAGCUCCAUUGUCAUACAUCUCUGUUUGUACAAGAAAGGAAGACAAGUUUGAAAUUCUUGUGAUGGCAGAAAAUACAAGCUGUGAGCAAUCUACCAAACCAGAGGAUGAUCUAGAUGCAAGUGUUUCCAAAAUCUCACUCGACAUGAGCAACCUGGAUGGAAUUUUGCCUGUGAAAAGAAAACAUCCACGAAAAGGAAAGAGAAAACCCAAGUUACCAUUUAAAUGUCAAUUUAAGGAGACAGCUGAAUGUUUCUAUAUCCACAAAAAAAUUAUCUUCUUUACUCUGGUGAUUUUUGUUAUUAUGUUAAUAACAUGGACCUUACUAUGGGUCUUUGUACUGAGAACACAAAAUGUUACUGCUUUGUAUUUUGCUGGAUUAUUCCGUAUAGCAAAUGUUGAAUUUAUUCCUGAAUAUCGAAGGAAGGACUCCCCUGAAUUUCUCUCCAUGGCAGCUAAAGUUCAGCAAGUGAUGAACAAUGUUUAUAAGAAGUCACUGUUCUCAAAGUUGUACAAACAAUCAACUAUUUCUGACUUAAGUAACAACAACAACGGUGGUGUUCUCGUUCACUUCUGGAUUAUUUUCAUUGUUCCAAAUGUGAAGACUCUAUUUGUGUGCGAAGACUGUGUCAGUGCAGUCUUAAAGGACUCUAUUCAGACAAGCCUGGUAAACCGCACAUCGAUUGGGUACCUUCUUGGACUUCCUGUGGACAUGGACUCAAUUGUUGUUAAUGCUGGCCUCCGUUCUGAUUACAUUGCUACAGCUGUGACAGGUUCUAAAUAUGUUAUUGAUAAAUUUGCUGAGCAGGCUGGUAUUCCCGUUCCUUUAAACUUCUUUGCUGCCUCUGGACGAGUACACUGCUACUUCAAGCUCAAUUCGCCACCAGGACAUGUCAUUCGCCUCUCGCUCACCUCCUUACAGAUCGAACCUGACAGCUGUGUCACAGAUUCACUCAGCAUUUUUGACUCACUUAUGCCAAUAAGGAGUAAGAAUUUGUAUCGAGUCUGCGAACCCUUUGCUUCUUUCCCAGUUUCCUUUGUAUCUACUGGCAAUGGCAUGUUUCUCUCAUUCAAAUCACUCAGAGUGGAUGGAAUAAGAGAAAUAAAUGGAUAUUUUGAGGCAAUUCCCAACAAAGAAUUCGAAAGCACAAUAAUUUCAACAGAUGGAAUAAGAUUGGAAGGAAAUAUCACCAGUCCAUAUUAUCCCAGCUAUUAUCCUCUGAAAUGUAGCUGUACCUGGACAUUUAAGAUAUCUACACCUUCUCUUGGACUAGCACUGAAAUUUCAUAACUACACUGUGAAGGAAAAGGGGCUUGAACGGUGUGAUCAUGGCUGGUGGAAAAUAAAUGAAAAAAUGUACUGUGGUUAUCAAAUAGAUCACCAGACAGUGUUCCACAUAGCAAAUUUCCUGGUUAAUAUCAUGUUCCAGUGCAGUGGAAAACAAUCAGACAAGGCAUUUCUAGCAGAGUACAACAGUUAUAACAUCAGCCAGCCUUGUCCUAAUGGAUAUUAUGUUUGCUCUACUGGUCUGUGCAUCCGACAGUCUCAACGUUGUGAUGGAUCAGAUGACUGCUUUGAUGAAAGUGAUGAAGUUUUUUGUUCUCCACCGCCAAAAGAGUGCAACACAAAUUCUCCUCAACACUAUUUUAUUUGUAAUGGAGUCAAUGAUUGUGAGAAUGGCACCGAUGAACUCAAUUGCACAGACUCUGUACCCUGCACAAAUGUCACCUAUAAAUGUCAGAAUAACCUAUGUAUUAGGAAGAGGAAUGCUAAAUGUGAUACAAGUGUAGACUGCUUAGAUGGAAGCGAUGAAGUGAAUUGUGAUUGUGGUAUUUUGAGGCAGCAGCACAGUCGAAUAGUAGGAGGAUCUAAUGCUCAUGAAGGACAGUGGCCUUGGCAAGUUAGCCUGCACUUUUCUGGAUCACCAUAUUGUGGAGCUUCAGUAAUAACAAAGAAGUGGCUCUUAUCUGCAGCUCAUUGCUUUCAAGGGGAAAAAAUGUCUGAUCCCAGGUCAUGGGUAGCUCAUUUAGGAAUGCGUUCUCAAGGAAAUGCAAAAUUUGUAACUGAGCUCAAAAGGAUCCUUGUUCAUGAAUACUAUAAUAGUCGAAACUUUGACUAUGAUAUUUCACUGCUACAACUGAAGGCAGCGUGGCCAGAUACACUUGCAUCAGUAAUCCAACCAAUUUGCGUCCCCUCACUUACUCAAGUGAUAUCCAAUGGUGAGAAAUGCUGGGUGACUGGCUGGGGGCAGAAACAGGAAGCAGAUAGCAGUGAUUCUACAGUUCUUCAACAAGCAGAGGUUGAAAUCAUGAAUCAGUCACUCUGCCGUUCCACCUAUGGACUUGUCACUCCACGCAUGCUCUGUGCAGGAUUACUUUCAGGAAAAAGAGAUGCUUGCCGUGGUGACUCUGGAGGACCGUUAUCUUGUCAGGAAAGAAUUGGUGGAAGAUGGUUUCUGACUGGCAUUGUUAGUUGGGGCCAUGGAUGUGGAAGAGAAAAUUAUCCUGGGGUCUACACAAGAGUGUCAAAGUUUGCCACCUGGAUCCAGCAGCAUGUCACUACUUUACCAAUUAUUGAUGAUUUUACAUAGUUACACAUUUGGAUUAUAUAAUGAAACUUAAUGUGACUUUUCAAUGUGUUUACAUUAAGAAGGAUUACAUAUUUAUCAAAAUGAUAAUAAGGUAAAUAUAACUCUUCAAUUAUGCUAUUUAAAUGAAAAAAUAAUUUCCAAAAUCAUAAGACAGUGGAAAUUAUUCAUAUGAACACUUAUGUUACAGAUAUAACAUGCAAAAGCAGUUGAAAAUUUAAAUUCAGCUUCCCAACCUUAACAUAGUGGUUUAAAACACAGCUCUGCACUCCAUAAGGAGUUGUUAUUUUUAAAAUGACACAAUCGUAGAAUGAAUACCUUGUUUUCUGGGAAUGUAGAAAUAAUAAUACAUUAGCACAAGAUCUAGAAACUGAGUGAUUCACCUCUAUUUUUAUGUUUAUCAUGAUAAACACCAUAGCUGAGGAAAAACUCUAGAUAUACCAAGUUUAUUUAAUUUUUUGGAGCCAAUUUCAAGCUAUGGAUAUUUACUGCUUGACAGAAAGGAUAAAUAUUGUACAGUUCAUUCCAUUUACUUUAGCUUAAGAAAAUCUCUUGAAGUGCAGUUUGGAGACUGAGUUAUCGUUUACUGUAUUUGGAGAAAUCUCACUUUGAUUAAGCAACAGAAAGUAGAGGGGUGACAGGAAAUAUCCAUUCUUGGUCAGUAAUUGGUAAAGUUUUCAAAGAUCAGGCAUUAGCCAUAUUUCCUGUCAAAAGUGAAUGGACCACAAUCAGAUUACACUUCGUAUUGUUUUGCAGAAAACAAACAAGAACAAAGUCGAAAAUAGCCACAUUUUUUUUCACUUUCGGGUACUUGUAGUUGUAUGUCAAUUCAUUUCGCAAUGACUCUCUCAGUGAGAGGAAUGUUGAUUGAAGGAUCCAAAGCAUUGUGGAUCUGCCUACAGCACAUUGACUGCAACGGUUCAAGAAAGUAGCUCACCAUCACCACAAUAAAUGCUGGCCCUGCCAGCUUUGUCCACAUCCCAUGAAUGAAUAUAAAUAAAAAUCACAGGAACUCAUGGUAUGCCUUAUUUGUGCUCCUUAAAGUGUUGUUACCUUCUAAAUUGUGAAACCUUCUACCUUGGUUUAAUUCAAAAGAUUUUGAUUUUGAUAUACCUUUUCUUUUGAUUUGACGAGGUUACAGUAGUGAUCUGAUAAGCUGUACUUGCAUUGGAAAUUACUUUUAUUCCGAUUACUUGUGUGUGAGGAUUUAUGUGAUGCAAGGAUUAAGUAUAAUUGCUCUGUACUACAAAGAGGUCUAAGUUAGUGCAGUUCUGGGAAAGGAAAGUGCUAUUCUCAAGUAAAACUCGAAAUAUUCUCCGUCCUAUCAAAAAUAGGAGGAGGUUAGAGUAAUUAAUACAAAAACAAAAAAAUUCUGUCAAUAUCCACAAUUUAUUUCCUUACAUAUUUGAAUGGAAUUCAAAUGUGGUAUCCAAGUGUUACUUUACUGUUCUUUUUAUACAAAUACAAAAGCAAGGAAAAAUGUACCUCAAUUUGUUUCUGAAUUACUCUGUCAGUGGUAGGAACAUUGAUUGAAGGAUCCAAAAUAUUGCUUUUUCACUGAUGAUACUAUAUUUUUCAUGUUGAUCCAAACCAAUGUAUGGCAGUAUCCAUGAGGUCUGUAUUUGACUGUGAGGGAUGCUCACCCAGAGGAAGAAAGCAAUACUCCAGUGGUGUAUAGUACGUGCUUAAACUUCAACAAGUUAUACCCUGCUCCCCUUUCUUUGCUUUUUCCUUAAGAAAGUUAUUUUAACCCAUAAAAGUUUGCUACCGUUCUUUCAGUUCAUUAUUUCAUUGGAAUCACUUUCUGCAAUUGUUUCACACUCUGAUUCAUAGAUGUCAACUAGUUGUUUUUUGAACAAGGAUGCAGCAUUUGCUUUUUCAUUUGAAGUACUCACAGCGAGCUUCAUGGGACAGGUCAAGCUGUCAUGGUAUAAUGUGGAAAAUACAACUGGAAAGAACUUCCUACCAGACACACAGUUUUGUUGUCUGCUUACAUGUACACGUAUUGCAAUGUCAUUAAAAUAUGUAGGAAUAUUAACAUAAGCACAAGCGAAAAUCAAUGUAAGCAAUUGGGAACCACCAAAUUCACGUAUAUUCCUCUUCAAAGUGUGAAAAUGUAAGUUUGAAACCAUUAUUCAUGCACAUUAGCAUGGCACG